CGCUCCCCACCGAACCACCGCACCCACAUCGCACCAACCCACUAAACCCUUCCGCAUCUCGCCCCCUCGCCGCGCCGCCGCCCCGCCGCCGCCGUCCUCCUUUCCACCCGCGCGGCCGACGUCACCCACCGCCCGAUCUCCAUGGCCGCCUCCACGGCCUUCUCCGCCGCCAGGUUCCUCCCCUCCACCCACCUCGACUCCUCCGCCCGCCUCGCCCCGCUCCGCGCCGCGCCCACCGCCAACCUCGCCUUCUCCCCGCUCCCGCCCGCCUCCUCCUCCCUCCUCACCCUCCAAUCCCCCUGCCCCUCCGGCCCAGGCGGCAAGCUCCCCCCUCCACCCCGCUCCUACUCCGGCGGCGGCAGCGGAUCUGGCGACGACGCCGCGGACUCCGGCGGCGGCCGCGGCGGCAUCCUCGGCAUCUUCCUCGCCGGCUGGGCGGCCCGCGUCGCCGCGGACCCGCAGUUCCCGUUCAAGGUGCUCAUGGAGGAGCUCGUCGGCGUCACCGCCUGCGUGCUCGGCGACAUGGCGUCCCGCCCCAACUUCGGCCUCAACGAGCUCGACUUCGUCUUCUCGACGCUCGUCGUCGGAUCCAUCCUCAACUUCGUGCUCAUGUACAUGCUCGCCCCCACCGCCGCCCUCUCCGCGGCCUCCGCCGCCGCCUCCGCCCUCCCCAGCCACAUGUUCGAGCCGGGCGCCUACUCCCUGGGCUCCCGCGUGGCGACCCUCCUCUCCAAGGGCACCACCUUCGCCGCCGUCGGCUUCGCGGCGGGGCUCAUGGGCACGGCCAUCUCCAACGGCCUCAUCGCCGUGCGCAAGAAGAUGGACCCGGCCUUCGAGACGCCCAACAAGGCGCCGCCCACGCUGCUCAACGCCGCCACCUGGGCGCUCCACAUGGGCGUCAGCAGCAACCUGCGCUACCAGACCCUCAACGGGGUCGAGUACCUGCUCGGCACCGUCGCGCCCGCCCCCGUCUUCAAGGUCUCCGUCGUCGCCCUCCGCUGCAUGAACAACGUGCUCGGCGGCAUGUCCUUCGUGCUGCUCGCAAGGCUCACCGGCGCCCAGAAGUCCGAUAAGCCUGUCGAUUCCGUUUCUGAUGCCAAGGAGAGGUUGGUAGCCGAGGGCGAUGUCAUUGCCGCCAAUGUUAGCGAGGCGAGGGACGGGGAAACCACCAAAUGAUCGUCUUCUGGGUAUAGGAGUGAGUAAUGAUCUGCGUCGUCGCCCAAGCCUCGUUUGCUGCUUCUUGGACUUCAUAUGUUGUGCCAGGAAACCUGUAGAUGAUGAUGAUGAGUUGGUAAUAAUUGCUGAGGCUUGAAACUUUUUGUUCUGUUGGUUUUGGUGUCCUGGUGUGAUGACCUGACAUGCUUAGUCGAUCUUCUUAGAAUAAAGAUUUCAUCUUUCUCGCUU